GCAUGUAUCUCCAAGCUCAUCUCAUUGGCGUCAAAAUUUCCCCUUUUUCUCUCGCCGGGUUUCUCUUCCCGGUCGAUCAGAAUCGAUAUCGCGCUCCGAGUUGAGAAGUUUCAUAUAAUCGAAGAACAAGUUCCUCCAUUUGAUCUCUCAGAUGAUAGAAGGAGAGGAUCGGAUCAGCGGUUUGCCAGACGACGUUGUUUUCCACAUUUUCUCAUUCCUGUCCACAACUGAAGCUGCUUCCACAUCAGCUCUCGCGAAAAGAUGGCGUUUUGUAUUUGCUAAUGCUCAUAACCUCGAUUUUGAUAUCAGUCUAGAUCCAAAGAACGAGAUACUUCCGAGAGAAGGUGCCAGUAGGUGCAUGGUACUUGGUAAUCAGAAAAAUCCCUUUGAUAAUGUCGUAGACAGGGCUCUGAAGACGCGACGUGGGGCCAAGCUAAACAGAUUUUCUCUGAAGACCAAACAGUACGGGGAUCCAUCGCUUAAACAUUGUGUCUCUAGGUGGAUAUUGGGAGCACUAGACUGUGCGGUAUCAGAUCUCAAUCUGAUCAUGAAUUGCGACUCAGAGCUGGACUUUUUGCUACCAUCAAAUAUGUUCAACAGCAAGACACUAGCUACACUGAGAAUAAAGAAUGAGGACCAAUUCGUCAGCAUUGGUGUAGAAGAUUUCGACCUGCCAAUGCUUAAGACACUUUCUCUGGUGCGUGUUCUGUUCAGAAAGGAGGAAAUCGGGUUUGAAAACCUUAUUGCGGGUUGUAAACUCCUUGAGGAGUUAGAGCUGGAGCAGAUAUGGUCGUGUCUGUGGAAGUAUUUCUCUGUUGCUUCUACAUCUCUCAAGAGGUUUACAUUUUUUUCUGAGCAAGACCAUUCCGUUCCGACAAGCGUUUCGUUCGACACACCAUAUCUCAUCUACUUGGAUUACACUGAAAUACACGCGCUCAAGUAUCCAAAGGUGAAUCUAGAUUCUCUUGUUGAAGCGAGAAUCAACCUUAGGUUGACAACUAGGGAGGAGAGGAAUAUAAUAAGCCAAGGUUAUGUGGGAGACAACUAUGACUUCGGUGAUUGCACAGCUCUUAUAGUGGGAAUUCGGAAUGUUGUGAAGCUCUACUUGUGUGCCUCAACUCUCGAGGUAAUCAGCUUCUCCUGCAAAGACAUCCCUACAUUCGUUAAUUUGACUCAUUUGACUAUCGAUAGUCUCAGUCGCUGGAAAUCUACAUGGGAUUCGCUGCGUCUUCUGCUUACGCAUUGUACAAGCCUGGAUACUAUCGUCUUCAAGGGACUUUCCCACAGAUGCGUAGACGCGUGUUUGUGCAAAUCUCUCGAGGGACAUGAACUUAGUUUCCUGACUAAUAGUCCCGCGACGGUGGUGAAAGUUCUGUUCGAUGACAAAAUGAUGAUGUAUAUAGAGCAUGUCAAGCUGUUUCUGAAGACGAUGCCGAAUCUCGAACAUCUGGAUCUAUAUUUUAACCCAUCGUUAGAGGACGAAGAUUUGUCUGAAGUCUCAAAGGAACUCGAGAUGGUUACUAAAGCUUCGACAGAGUGCCAAGUCCGGCUAAUGUCUAACGUUGACUUUUGAUCUUCUGUUCCUGCUCCGGUCUCGAAGAAAUGAGGUCAUCAACUUUAGGAGAAUAUUUCCGCGUUGUCAGGUUUCUUUUGAAUCCCAGAGUGUUGUUUGUGUGUGUGUGUCAACGAAAAACAAGAUAUCUAGG